CUGCCGGUCGCGAUGCUGGGCGCGGAGGCUGCUGGCGCUUUUCACGGGGGCUCAGAUGGGAGCCGAGCAGCGCCGCCGCGUUGCCCCCCGCCUCGCCCGGUGGGCCAGACGCCUGCUGCUGCUGCUGCUGCUGCUUCUUCCCUCCGCCGUCGCGUCGCGGCCGGCCGGGCCCAGGAUCGUCUCGCCGGCGCUGGGUGAGAAGAGAUUCCGCUUUGAUCCCAGGGAGGGCCACGUUGUGCUCUACCAUGAACAAGGGGCCCCCUCCGUCUUAGUGGGGACAGUCGGCAGGCUUCAUUACUACAACUUUGAGAACUCCACCAGCUUUACGGUGCUUAUUGAAACCAACAGGACGCUGUCCAACUGCAGGAAACAGGAAAAUGCCAAGAACUAUCUCACACUUCUGGAAAAAUAUGAGGACCAGUUGCUGGUCUGUGGCACAAACUCCUGCAGCCCCACCUGCUGGAAUUUGGUAGAUGGGAAGGUGCAGCCAGGGAUCAGUGCCCACGGCCUGGCUCCUUUUGCCCCUGAUCAAAACGCUCUUGUCCUCAUUGAUGGCAAGGACAUCUACUCUACCAUCAGAAAGCACCAGUACAAUGGGCGGACACCUCGCUUCCGUCGGAUUCGAGGAUUUACGGAGCUCUAUACCAGCGACACCGUCAUGAAUAAUCCGAAGUUUGUGAAGGCUGCCAUCAUAAAACAAGAGGAGGCUUACAAUGACAAGAUCUACUACUUCUUCCGAGAAGAAAACCCCGACUGGCCGAAGAACGCAGCCGCCCCAAGGAACGUCUCCAGGGUGGCUCAGCUGUGCAAGGGAGACAGAGGAGGCACCGGCUCCCUCUCGGCUGCCAAGUGGACCACCUUCCUGAAAGCCACCUUGCUCUGCGUCGACUCUGACAACGACCGGCACUUUAACCAGCUGCAGGACGUCUUCAUCCUGGAGUCUGCCGACUGGUCGGAGACAAGAGUCUACGGGCUCUUCUGGAACGAGUGGGAAUAUUCCGCAGUCUGUGUCUAUUCUGUUGGUGACAUCAGUAAGGUCUUCCGAACAUCGCCUCUCAAAGACUACCACGGGAAACUCCCCCCUGUGAGGCCUGGGCAGUGUCUAGAAGGAGAACAGCAGACCCCCCAUGAGACCUUCAAAGUGGCCGACAGCCACCCUGAGGUGGCGCGCAGGGUGAAGCAGGAAGACAUCUUGUUUUACAGCAAGCACCGCUACCAGCAGAUUGGUGUCCACAGAGCCCCGGCAGCUGAUGGCGGCACCUACAGCACCCUGUACCUGGCCACAGACAAAGGAACCGUCCACAAAGUUGCUGUCUUGCCCACGGGGGCCAACAACGUCCUGGAGAUCCAGCCUUUCCUCUCUCCUGCUGGCAUUCGGACCAUGACUCUGGACAGUGAGAGAAAGGAGCUGUUUGUAGCCUCUGAGAGGGAGGUGGUUCAGCUGCCCAUGGCUAUGUGUGGGGCGUAUAAGGACAGCUGUGAGAGCUGUAUCCUGGCGAGGGAUCCUGACUGCGGAUGGAUCAACGGGAGAUGCACUUCUGUUUAUGACCAUGACCAGCAUGGAAAUGGCACAUUGCUGCAGGCUCUAACACACAAUCCUGUUACGGAUAUUUGUUCAUCUCCAAGCCACAGCCACGCUAAAGGUGAUGACAACCAGCACUGUGAGACUGUGACCGUGGCACCAGGCGCCCGCUAUUACCUCAACUGCUCUAUCAAAUCCCACCAUGCCACUUACACUUGGCUCCGUGACAACCAAACGGUUGCGCAUUGUGGACCUGGCCAUCGCCAUUGCAUCCACUUCAUAGACAAUAUGACAGACGAGCUCUAUGGCACUUAUUCCUGCGUUUCCCAGGAGGAUUGGUUUAACCAGACCCUUGUGACAGAAUGCCUGACAAAGCCCUCCAAUGUGAAGAAGCUGCUUGAGGAGCCCAGGAAUAAGAUGGCAAAGGACUGGGCCACCCAAACAUCUUUGUCCCUCUGGCUAGGACUGUUGCAUAUGGCGGCAGUCGUCUUGCUCACCCAUUGAGGACUUGAGCUUCUGACUGCCUACCAGCACAAGUGACCAAACUGUACCUCUUUCUAGUGUAUCUUGUUCCAUCUCAGAAGUGGGUCCCUCAAUAGAUAUAAUUCUUCCCUUGGGCUUAGAAGCCACCUAUUCUCCACUUGCUCCGAGAAGUGGCAACCUGGUGGUGCAUAGUUGAUAGCAGAAUGAAGGAGAGGUUGGUGGCUGUUCUGUCUGCAGAAGCACCAAGAUCCUGAAAUCUUGAGCAGGAUGGGUCCUGCCAAAAUGAACAUGAUGAUAUGAACACCUGGGUGAUGAAGGAGAACCAGUGCAAACAACAAGGCAUGGGGCAGCUAACGGGGCAGAGGGUAUGGCUGAGGUGGCCCAGGGGGGCUUGUGAAGGUCCACGUCAGGCUUCUUCAAAGGCAGGCAUCAGGACCCAACACAGAGCUCACGUGCUAAAUAAAAGUUUCCUCAGAUUGGAGAGCAAACUUUCAGGCCCAAGGUUUAUAAGACUUGACGGUCUUCUGCAUCUUUUUUAAAUAACUGGCGUUCUGAAUGUUCUUUUGAUGUUUCUGACAUUUUCCAUGCAACGAUACAUGCUCAGGAUCUCUGAACAGUUAUAAGGCAUAAUUAAUGUAUAUCAAGGCAUCCCCAAUAUGCACCAAGAUCAAAGAAACAUCCUGUAGGUUCAGAUGAAGAGCCACCUAGUCUAGCAUUUGGAAGAUUCUCCAUUAGCAGUAGGUGGUCAACUGGCAAUUGACCACUGGCCUGUCAAGAGGCCACCACCUGGUCUGUCCUGCCUAGUCCCAGAUUUGCCUGCUUCUAUGCUUGUCCAUCUGGCAAGGGUGGAGAAUGGGUUGGUGCAAUUGUCUGGGCUGUGGGGUGUCAGGGACGCAGUUUCCUGCCUCAAACUGGGGGAUGCAGUUUCCUGCCUUUCUGAUCCUGCUUCCUGGCCAGUUAACUCACAGAUGUUUGGAAAUCCUUUGUGUGAUUUCACCGGAUGAAGGAUAUUUAUUUUUAUUUAUUAUAUUUUUCUAAAAAAUCAGAUCCUCUUUUUGUGGGGAACAAAAUUAACAAGCCUCAGGGCCACUUGUAGGCAAAGAUGUUGGAAAGCCUUUGAAGGUGAUUUUUUGUGUGUCUUAAUUUCUGGAAGUCAGUUCAUAUAGAGAAGAAAGAGGGAGAUCCCAGGGUGUUCACAAGGCUGAGUUCUACCUCUUAUAUUGUGUACAUGUGCUUCUGAGUAGACCAGCAAUCUGGAUGUGGGUCUGUUUUUCUUCUUCCUUGUGAGGAAG